ACGGUGCGCUGAUACGAGAGAGCCUCUCGUUUGUUCAACGGUCGAUCGAGAUGAUGACUAUUGUUCCUAUCGUUGUGUGUUUAGUUUGCUCAUUUCUUCCUCUUCGUUCUGCCAUGCUUCAGUCGUCGGGAGGAACAUACUGUAGUGUGUGUCCUCCUGGACGAGAUGGAGUAAACGGUAGAGACGGCAGUCCGGGUAGAGAUGGAACGCCGGGCAGAGACGGAGUGCAUGGGAUUUGCCUUGGACAAAGAGAACAAGACGAGAAGAAACAAGACGAGAAGAAACAAGACGAGAAGAAACAAGACGAGAAGAAACAAGACGAGAAGAAACAAGACGAGAAGAUCGCACAACUGAGAAAAGAAGUUGACCAGCUCAAAAACAGUCUAACGAGAUCUUCCGUUCCAUCUAGACCUUCCGUUCCAUCUAGAUCUUUCUUUCCAUCUGGUGCUCGCAUCUGUGCUCCAGGUAGCUACAUGGCUUUGGGUUUCUGUCUACCUAAAUCACCAUCACCCUACGUUAAUCACAAAUCUUGUCCGUCUGGCUUCACGCUGUACAGAGGUGUCUGCUACCGUUGGCCUUCACCUCAAUGUCAAACUCAAGACCUUGUUACAGCUGACAGUACAUGCAAAAAGCUUCAAGGACGGUUGUGCACUGUUCCUGAGUUGGACCGUUUGGCGGGCACAGGAUGUCUCUUCGACCACGCAGGCAGCUGGGCUGUACUGAGUCUUCAAUACGGUAAAUCUUACCAAGUCUACGGCUACUGUUUCAGAGAUGACUACAGCUACACCACCGCACAUUCAGUCACUCGCCUGUCCACAAACGACGUGGUAACUAUUGCCUGGUGUAAUGCAGUGACGUCACUUGGAGCAUAUGCUCCGAGUAACAUCAAAGCAGCAGUGAUUUGCUGUAAGACGUGAUCGUCUUCGCUAACUGUAGACACAUCAUGUAGCUACAUGAACUGUGACAUUUACUUGCAUGACAAAAGUGCUAGUUAACAAUAGAAAAACUCUCUGCGUCAACAAUUGUUAGGUGUAGCUUGUUUUCACUGUGUAUGUUUAGUUAGCGCUAUACAAGAGUAGACAACAAGUGCAAAAAUGUUGAGCGACACAUUGAAAUCUAGUGGAAAGGAUUAUUGCACGUUCUAGAUAGGAUAAAAAUUAUACAUCCAAAACCAAA